AUGGACAUCCCAACUAGGACCCGUCGACCAUCAACUCCCAACGGCUCAGAGAUGUCUGUUCCUAGAACUGGAACAAACAACCCCAUGCCACUGUCAGAAUCUACGUUGCCCAAAGAGCCAUCAACGAAAGAAAGAGUGGAUCCGACAUCCUCAGCCACGAGUGUCCCUGGUGACCAUGAGUUCCCCAAGGAGUCACCACCACGUCGUGUGUCAGAACAGUCAGUUCUUCAACCCCACACCUUCAAACACAGGAAGCCCAUCACGGACUAUGUCAGUUUAAAAUGGGAGAGGGACGGCACGCUCAAGGACUACGUUCAUCGAAAAGAUCCGGUGAAUUGUGAACAAUGCACAUUGAACACACACCCUGAAAGCGAGGACAAAAACAUCGGUGAUAUCGUACUUCGAUACUCACAAUACCAGAAGGGGGACACUAAGCUUGACGCGCCUUCGUCAUCAACGAACGGCACAACGAACGACACAACGAACAACCAGGCGGCAGCGCUUACUAUCCCGGCACCACAAUACCUCAAAAUCGAAAAACCCAGAAAAUUCUUCACCAAAGGUCGCAUCUUCAAAACCGUCUGGUUUGAGCCCUUUGGCGAGUUCUCCGGCUCCUCGCGCGCCCGCCCCUCCGAGCUCGCAUACCAUGAGUCGUGCCCGGACUACAGCGGCACAGGAGAAAAGCCCUACGGCCGAUACCGGUGGUUUGUUGUCAUCCGCAAGCAGCAGCAACACUCCUUGUGCUUCGCCAUCGUCAACGGAGGGGUAAAGUCCAUGGCUAAGAACAGAGCCAGAGGCGAGCACCUGGCUGUGCUGUACUCGACUAGCGUACCGCCACCUGAGCCGGACAAGGAGGAGGGGAUUGUGUUUGGCCCCCUCGCGGUGAUCAUGGAGGAGGGCAAACAGAAUAUUAGUCCCCUCGCGAGACUGGAUUGCAGCAGGGUGUUUACGGUGGAGGACGAUUUGAAGGUGAUGAAGAUUGGAAGAGUGCAUCCCGAUUUCUAUGAGAAGCUGGACGAGUAUUACAGGAAGACAUGCUUUGAUGAACCGGUGAAGUCCAAUGGGACUUAG